CGACAAGGUAGUGAGGGCAAUAUAAAACAAACAAUAUACGUUGUUAUUCAAUUUUCCAUGCAGUUAUUCCACAAUAAUUCCCAUCAACCAUGAGUUUAGAUACCCUUUUGAUCACCGACAAGGCUAGCGUAAGAAAGGCAUGGAACAAAACCGAUCAAGAUGUCAAAGAAUACGUGAAAAUCAUCAAAAUUUGGCUAGAAACGCAGAAACACCUUCCAGAAAUACCCAACGACAAUGUUAUUGAAUUUUUCCUAACAAAUUGCAAAUACAGCGUGGAGAAAACGAAGCAAAACAUAGACAUGUACUAUUCGAUAAGGGAUUUAAUGCCGGAUUUAUUCAGGAACAUCCAUCCCUGCAAACCCGAUGAAAUCCAAUCCGCACUAAACACAGGAAUAGUCAUCUCUUUACCGAAACUAACGCCGGAUUUAUACAGGGUGAACGUGUUUCAAUACAAAGUUUUCGACCCCAGUGUGUGCGACAUGGCCAAAUUUUGCGCCCAUUACAUGUGUAACGUAUACGAAGUGAGAAUACAAGAGGACCUGGUGAUGGGGGAUAUUUUUAUAGUCGAUUACGAACACAUGAACUUCAAAGUUAUGACGCAAAUCACCCCGGUGUUGCUCAAAAAUUGCGCUCAAGUUUUAGAGAAAGUACAGAGUAAUCGCAUGAAAGCUUUGCAUUUGAUCAACCCACCGUCGUAUUUGGACGCUGCUCUGGCGCUUUUCAAGAGCUUUUUUCCCAAAAAGUUGAAGGAUAGGUUUCACACUCACAAAACCGUGGAAGAUUUGUACGCAUACGUGCCCAGGGAAAUUUUGCCCAGCGAUUUGGGCGGCGAGGAAAAGUCCUUAAAGGAGCUCGAAGGUUUGUGGAUGAAGAAAUUCGAGCAGUACAAAGAGCGCUUCGAUAAGCUGGCAACGAUGAAAAUCGACGAAUCCCUUCGCCCGGAAAAGCUGGAAAACGACGAGAUUUUGGGCUACCACGGGAACUUCAAAAAGCUCAACGUCGAUUAAAAUUGAGUUAUAAAUAAUAAAUAUACACCGGGAAUGCUAUCACUUGUUACUCGUCAAUUAAUUAACUACAGGGGUCGUACGAAUUCUACUUACUAAUAAAAGUUUUACUAUUUAGCGUUACUCGGCGAUUUCUCCGGAUUAUUUUCGGUUUGAAUGGCGCUAAUAUUAAUAAAUCAUGCGAGGCGUUUUGUCGUUUCCCCCGAAUAUUCUUGGUGGCAAGUUUAACCCAGUUGGGGAAAACUUUACCUAAUUACCGUAUAUCUUGCCAAUAUUAAUACACAACUCGAAACUCGUGUUUACUACGAGAGUUCUAAAUUUAAUUCGCAGUGUUUGCUUUGGAAAAUAAACGAGCCUCGCGUUGUUAAUUAAAUAAGUAAAUGUUUCUAUUAAUUUGUUUUUUUCUGUAGCGCAAAAUUUAAUGAGAACGUAAAUUAUAUCGCAAAAAAUGUUAUUAUAAAAAACAUAGUUGGU